CUUUGUUUUAUCUUCGAUACCAUUCCGCUUAAAACCUUGGCUAUCAAAUCCAUAGGGUUCAGUUUGAGCGUAUACCUCCCCUGAACAACAAGUGUGACCAUAAAGAAGUCUUUUCCUACAUUUAAGCCCCAAAUUAAAUGGUAUCGAUAAAGAUGUUAUCUUUGUUUAUACUAGCGAUAUUCAGUCCGCUAGGUCUUGCUAUCGACAGAAACUUCCUGUUCAAUUCGGAUCGCUUCCCGGAUGCUGCCGAUGUUCCAACGCUUUCCAACGGAAAUCUCGGAUUCACCGUAUUCAGUGACAGCGUCUACCUGACUGGAGUUUACAAUGGACGUGGACAUCAGAGCCAUCGUGCCCGUAUUCCAAACUAUGCCAAUAUUCAGCUGGAAGCUUGUAGCAAUCCGGAGAACAAUCCACCUCACUGUUCCUAUCAGCUGGACAUUAAAUUUGGCCGUUUCCGAACAGUCUACGCCGAUCCCAACGAACAAUUUCGCCUAAUCCACAGCGUGUAUCCACAUCGGAACUUCAAUCAUGUAAUUGUCAAUCACGUGAGAGUUCAACGACUAAGCGGUCGAGGUACACUGAGCGCAAAUAUCCGACGAACUCCAGGACCACCGUCCACCGACAUUUCCUUCGAUGUACCCCAGCCCGUGGAAAUUCGUAACCAAGUGUUCAUGUUUCAAUGUGGCCUUACCAAUGACGUCGAGGACGCAGUGCUUCAAACUACGAGAACAAGUGUAUGUAUAUACUACAGUGAAAUACCGACGACUCUCGUGUUGACGGAGGAUCGCACAGCUUUAGAAUUCACUACCUAUACAGUGUUCGCCCGCAGCAGACCAGCGGCCGAAAAUGAACUGAACAUGUUAAGGACAUAUACUCCAUCGAACAUAGACUGGAUUCAGGAGUCCAGCAUGAAUGAAAUGUGGGAUCAGUAUGGGAUCACUGUGGACGGAGGCGAUGAACUAGAUCGAGCCAUCAAAGCCAGUGCAUUCCAAGUGUUCAGCAAUGUCCCGGGACUGUUUACUCCCAAUAACGUACAAUCAUUCGGAAUAUCACCUUCCGGUAUAGGACGAAAUGAUUUUCAAGGGCACGUCAUGUGGGAUUUCGACAUGUGGAUGUUCCCCAUAGUUCUGUUAACAGAUCCGCUAGUUGCACGGGCCAUGUUGACGUACAGGACCAGAGUUAUCCGACGUGCAGUUGAAGGCAACGCUGCAGCGAAUAACAUCAGAGGGUGGCAAUAUCCCUGGGCUUCUGCUUUCACGGGUAGAGAGGUUACACCGACUCCUGGAGCGGCGGAACUACAACAUCACGUCACGGCAGAUAUAGCCUUCGCCAUCAGACAAUACAUCUAUGCCACGGACCAUUGGUCCUGGAUGAUAACGGAAGGAUGCGAGGCGGCGUUCAAUACGGCUCGCUUUUGGAUGCGUCGCGCUGUUUAUAACGCAGCCACGGACAAGUACGACAUUCGUGAGGUUACGGGACCUGACACCAUGAAUUCUAACGUCACCAACAACGUGUUUACCAACGUCGUUGCCGCUAACAAUCUGUUCCUCGGCGAGUACGCCGCAUGUGUUUGUGAACAUUUCAUGAGUCUCCACAAUGAAGAUUUGAGUGAAAUGAUUCGCAUAGCGCGGGGACUGCGUUUGCUGCACGAGCCACUUAGCGACUUCACACCCCAGUUCGAAGGUUACACCGUAGGACAGCAAAUCAAUCAUGCGGACGCCGUAAUGCUGGGAUACCCUUUGGAUAUCCCGAUGAACGACUCGACGAAGCGUAACAAUCUGAACAUCUACGGUCCGGUAACCGCGGCCAGCAGUUCGGCAGAGACCUGGUCGAUGCAGACUAUCGGAUGGCUGAACCUGGGCGAACCGAGUUUGGCUGCGGAAAAUCUUCGUCGAAGUUAUCAGCCCUACCUACGGGCACCCUUCCACGUGUGGAACCAAGGGCCUACCGGCUUUCCCGGUGCACCCAAUCAUGUGUCCGGCGCAGCUAGCUUUUUGCACACCCUAAUCAAUGGCUACGGAGGGAUCCGACUGCGCAAUGGCGAGAUGGCGCUGGACAGACCACGCCUACCGCCGGGAACUACACGCAUGCUAAUUCCGCAACUCAACUUCCAAAGGUUCCGGUUUUCGCUAGAGCUCCGUCAGGAUGGAACAUUUACGAUCACGCAGGCAGCCAUGCCCACGAUGCCUCAGAUACGGAUUACCAUCGAUGGCGUGGAUUAUGAACCCUGUCGUUUGAAUACGGCAUGUGCUUUCCAUGGAUCAAACUCUGCCGUCUUGAAGCUGAUUGAAACCGAUAUGCGGUGCGAGCUGAAACCAACUGAGAUGAACAUCAGACUUGCCGAUCAGGGCUCUGGAGUGAUUGUUAGAAUGAGUCCAAUGCUUUUCGCCUUCGUUGUGAUUGCUUCCGUUAUGAACAAAUUCUUGUGAUAACGUUUUUCAUAUUUGUUGAGAUUGUAUCAAAUUUAAA